AUGGCCCUGGCCCGGCCCGGCCCGGCUCGCCCGCCCGCGGCGCUGCCCCGCGCCGUGCGCCCGCUCCACUUCCAGGGCCCCGGGGCGGCCGGGCCCCGGCUGGGGCUGCGGGCAGAGGACGAGGAGGGCGGGGACGCGUGGGACGGCAAUGCAGCCCACCCCAAGCGGAGUUCAAAUGCCCGCACAGCAGCACCUCCACGAGGAGCAGGAAUCACACCUCUCAGCAGCAUGGCACUGCUGGAUAGCACGUUACUGACAGACCCGUCUGGUGCAGGCAAUCCGGUGCCGCCCCAAGCGCCCGGUGUGCAGUGGAACAGCAUCCUGCAUCCUUCCAUCAACCAGUCAGGCUUUGUGCAAGACCCAGGAGCUUAUCCCGUGUGGCCCAACUGCAGCGCUCUGCCCGGCACCAACUUCUGCAGCGCAGGACUGGGAGAAAGCAUGAACCCAGCGGCAGCAGGGAGCCAGUUGCAUGGCAGCGUUCCUCCUCAGCUGGGGGCAGGGAUGCGCCCCCCAGCAGGUGGCAUGGCUCACAGAGCACAAGGAGCAGCCGCCGUGUGUGCUGCUGCCAGCGCCAUCCAGAACUGGCCACCCGGUUAUCCCAGUGUGAACCAAGGGGGAAUGCUGGGCACUGGACCUCCUUACGGACAGGGAACUAGCAGCAUGGCUAGUGUGAUCAACCACCAGGGCCCACCUUAUCCCAUGGGUGGGAACAUGGCUAACGGCUCUGCAGGGGUGGCAGCAAGUCCUGAAGUGAUGGGUCGGGCGGAUGUCAAAUUAACUCCUGCAACUAAAAGAAGAAAGAAGGGAGAAGAGACCCAAAAAAAUCCCAGGCGACCGAUGGACAGCAGCUGCACCCCACCUGCCAAGCGGCUCAAAGCAGGGAUGCACAGCGUCCAGUGCAGCGCCAGGCAGGGGCAGCUGCAGCAGCAGCCCAGAGCUCUGGAGAAUCGCACCGCUCCCAGCAAAUCUGCAUCCCCGCAGCCAGGGAGGGGAAAGAAGGCAGGACCGCCGAUCCCCGCUGCGCACGUGGCACCGGCAGCAGAACGGUCUGCCAGGAAGCGACGAGCCGUCUCCUUCCCUCCGGGAUCGGUGGAAGCUGCCAAGGCGGUGUUACAGAAAAGGAGGCGGCUGACAGCAGCAGAUGUUGGAACUCCUGCAGCCUGGAGGGUGAUGAUGUCUCUGAAGUCUGGGCUGCUCGCUGAAAGCACGUGGGCCUUAGAUACCGUAACUGUCCUGCUCCACGAUGACAGCAGCGUCACGUCCUUUGACCUCAGACAGCUGCCAGGCCUGCUGGAAGUCCUGGUGGAGUAUUUCCGGUGCUGUCUGAUCGAGGUCUUUGGAAUCCUGGAGGAAUAUGAGUUGGGUAUUUGCCCGGGGCAAAGAUCACUCUGUGGUUUGGAGAGUGCCCGCCUGCUCUGGCAGCUUGGCGGUGGAGAUACCACUGAGCACAUCCAGACCCACUUGGAGAGCAAGAGAGAGCGCUCCGCGGCUGAGAGCAAUGGAAAUGCUCGGGAAGGGCAGGCUCCUCCAUCUGACAGCUCCUCAGCAAUUCUGGAGGAUGAGCCUCGCAGCAGAGACGAGGCACCGCUCUGCCUCACCCACGACUGGCAGGACUCUGUGGCGAAGCGCUGCAUCUGUGUCUCCAACAUCAUCAGGAGCUUGUCGUUUGUGCCGGGCAAUGACGCCGAGAUGUGCAAACACGCCGGGCUGCUGCUGAUCCUGGGGAAACUGCUGCUCUUACACCAUGAGCACCCAGAGCGCAAGCAGGCAGCCCUGAGCUUGGAGAGAGAGGAGCUGGAGCAGGACCAGGGGCUGAGCUGUGACCAGGAAGAGUGGUGGCAGGACUGCCUGCAGGAACUGCGUGAGAACACACUGGUGACGCUGGCCAACAUUUCUGGCCAGCUGGACCUGUCCCCUCUCCCAGAAAGCCUCUGCUUGCCCAUCCUGGACGGACUCCUCCACUGGGCAGUGUGUCCAUCAGCAGAGGCCCAGGACCCUUUUCCAGCGCUGGGGUCGAAUGCCAUCCUCUCCCCUCGGAGCCUGGCUUUGGAAACGCUCAGCAAACUGAGCACCCGGGACACCAACGUGGAUUUGAUCCUCGCGGCUCCCCCCAUCAGCCACUUGGAGAUGCUGUACAGCACACUGCUGCGUUUCCUCCGCAACAAAGAGAGCCCGGUGUGCCGAGAGAUGGCGGUGGUCCUACUGGCCGCCUUGGCACAGGGGGACAGCCUGGCAGCGAGGGCGAUUGCCUCACAGGAGAGGAGCGUCGGCGACUUGCUGGGCUUCUUGGAGGACGGCCUGGCCGCCACGCGGUGCCAGCAGAGCCAGGCCGGCCCAGUGCCCGAGCAGAACGCGCCCUGCGAGCCGCCAAGCAUGGACAUGAUGCACCGAGCGGCUCGGGCGCUGCUCGCCCUGGCUGAGGUGGGCGAGAGCCGCUCGCAGUUCAUGCUGCACGAGUCGCGACUGUUGGACAUCUCCGUGUCGCCCGCGGUGGAUUCCUUGGUCUCCCAGGUUAUCUGCGACGUGCUGUUCUUCAUUGCCCGGCCCUGA